AUGCGUUCCUUCGACCUCAUCCCCACGGCCUUGGCUCUGGCCGCUCCCGCCGCCGCUGGCAUGUACGACGACUGGCACUUCGGUAACAUGUUCGUUCUGGGCCCUACCAGCGACGACGUCUCCAUCACCAAGGCUACCUACUCGCUUGAGACCCCGUCUGUACCCUGCGGUGUCAAGCAGACCCGGGACGAGGCCCCUUGGUUGUCCAUCUGGGUCGGUAUCUCCGCCAGCAUGUCGGACCAGUCGGCGGAUUUGUUCCAGCCUUUGCUGAACUGGUCGCCCGAUCAGGAGGCCCAGGGCUGCCCUGCCACCGAUAAGGAGUGGUGUGUCGCUACCAGCACCUACCACUUGUCCGGCCAGGUCCAGCAACCCUACGUCACCGUUCCCAAUGGCUCGAAGAUUGACUUCACCAUCUCCGUCGAGGGCGACAAGAUCAAGCAGGAAGUUGUCAUCGACGGCAAGACCGUCUCGGAGCAGUCCGAUGACAAGUCCGUCACCCCCAAGUACAUCUACUCCAGCAACGAGUGCUACCUGAACACCUGCGGUCUCAUGGACGGCUACACCUGGAGCGACGUGACCAUCGAGCUUGACGGCAAGGACCCCAACUUCGGCGAGACCCUGUCCUUUGUCGGUGGUAACUCGGACGGUCUGACCACCUCCGAUGGCGGCAAGACCUGGACCGCCAAGGCCCUUAACAUCAACAAGGACACUUCCUUCAAUGAGGACGGUGCUGGUUCUGGAUGCUCUGCUUAG